AUAUAUAUAUAUAUAUAUAUAUAUUCGUUAUUUAACGACCAAUAAUCGAAACAUAUAGAUACGAGAGAGAGAGAGAGGGAGCAUAAUACCAGACUCCGUUCAUCUCGCCGGGAAUCGGAUUCCACCGGCAGCUAUUCCGACCAUUAUCUCCGAUCUUCAUUUGUGAGGAUGUGGAGGAUUGCAAGGCAAAAACUUGGAGCUGGAGGAUUUCCUGUUCCGAUUUUAGAACAAUCCUUGCAGAGGAUACAGCAGCCUGCAGUAUCCGCGUUGAGAUGUUAUUCAUCUGCUACCAAAGAGAUGACUGUGAGAGAUGCUCUAAACUCUGCUCUUGAUGAAGAAAUGUCUGCUGAUCCUAGAGUUUUUUUAAUGGGUGAAGAGGUUGGAGAGUACCAAGGUGCAUACAAGAUUUCCAAAGGGCUCUUGGAGAAGUAUGGCCCUGACAGGGUUGUUGAUACUCCAAUCACAGAGGCUGGAUUUGCAGGCAUCGGAGUAGGCGCUGCUUAUUAUGGUCUUAGGCCUGUUGUGGAGUUUAUGACGUUUAAUUUUUCAAUGCAGGCAAUUGACCACGUCAUUAAUUCUGCUGCAAAAUCAAAUUACAUGUCUGCUGGCCAAAUAAAUGUACCUAUUGUUUUUAGAGGACCAAAUGGUGCUGCUGCUGGUGUAGGUGCCCAACACUCCCAGUGUUUCGCAGCAUGGUAUGGCGCCUGCCCUGGUUUGAAAGUGCUGGCCCCAUACUCAUCUGAAGAUGCUCGUGGACUGCUAAAAGCUGCCAUUAGAGACCCUGAUCCUGUUGUUUUCCUUGAAAAUGAGUUGUUAUAUGGCGAGUCUUUCCGUAUUUCGGCAGAAGUUCUUGAUUCCAGUUUUUGCCUCCCAAUAGGGAAAGCUAAGGUUGAGAGAGAAGGAAAGGAUGUCACGAUUACAACUUUUUCAAGGAUGGUGGGCUAUGCUAUUGAGGCAGCUGAGAUUCUUGCGAAGGAAGGGAUCAGUGCUGAGGUUAUAAAUCUUCGCUCAAUUAGGCCACUAGAUAGGGCCACAAUCAAUGCUUCAGUUCGGAAAACAAGUAGACUGGUGACAGUUGAAGAAGGGUUCCCUCAACAUGGUAUUGGUGCUGAAAUCUGUGCAUCAGUUAUAGAAGAAAGCUUCAUGUAUCUUGAUGCUCCGGUAGAGAGGAUUGCUGGGGCUGAUGUUCCCAUGCCAUAUGCUGCUAAUCUCGAGAGAAUGGCUGUCCCACAGGUUGAAGAUAUUGUUCGUGCAGCAAAAAGAGUAUGCUACAGAUCCGUUCCUAUGGCUGCAACAGCUUGACCAUAGCAUAAGGGUCCAGAACUCUUCCAAGUCUAUUUGUGAUGUACCUUUUAAUAUUUGUUUUUGCAUUUAUAUCUUACAUGGCAAUGGUUGUGUAUGUUGCUGGUUCUUUUGGGGAGCAAGGUUGUAGAUUUUUUUAUUAUUAUAUUGCGUUGAAUUAGGGGUGGAACUACUUGUUAAACCACACAAGAGAGAGAUAAUGGUGGGAAUUUUGUUGUGUUUUGUUUGACAAUCAACAUUUUCAAUGAGUUGAACUCCCAUUGAUUUGCCGCACAA